AUGAAGUUGAAUAUAGAUGGUCUAUUGGUUUAUUUUCCCUAUGAUUAUAUAUAUCCUGAACAGUAUCUGUAUAUGCUGGAGUUGAAGAAAUCAAUUGAUGCUCAGGGUCACUGUGUAUUGGAAAUGCCUUCAGGAACUGGAAAGACAGUAUCAUUAUUAUCGUUAGUAUUAGCUUACAUGAAGGCUAAUCCAUUGGAGGUUACAAAACUUAUCUACUGCUCUAGAACAGUUCCUGAAUUAGAAAAGGUAGUAGAAGAAUUGAGAAAUUUGGUGAAGUUUUAUGAAACUGAAACAGGACAAGAACAACAGAUUCUGGGGUUAGCUCUCAGCUCCAGAAAGAAUCUAUGCUGUCAUCCUGAGGUGAGUCAAAGUCGAGAUGGUAAAACAGUAGAUGGUCAGUGUCAUCAGUUAACAGCCUCCCAUAUUAGACAGAAACAUAAACACAAUACAGAUAUCCCUGUCUGUUCUUUUUAUGAGGAUUUUGAUGCUCAUGGACGAGAUACUCCUCUGCCACCUGGUGUAUAUAAUCUGGAUGAUUUAAGAGAAUAUGGAAGAACGAAAGGAUUUUGUCCAUAUUUCCUGACAAGACAUGCAAUUCAUCAUGCCAAUAUAGUUGUAUAUAGUUACUAUUAUUUAUUAGACCCUAAAAUAGCAGAACAAGUAUCAAAGGAAUUAUCUAAAAAGGCUGUGGUAAUCUUUGAUGAGGCUCACAAUAUAGAUAAUGUAUGUAUUGAAUCAAUGAGUGUUAAGAUAUCAAAAAGAACGUUAGAAAGAUGUUCUAAUAAUAUAGAAAGUUUAGAUAGACAUAUCAAACGAGUAAAAGAGGGAGAUGAAAAGAAGUUAAAAGAAGAAUAUAAUAGAAUGGUAGAAGGAUUAAGAGAAGCCAAUAUACAGAGAGAAACUGAUGUUAUUUUAGCUAAUCCAGUUUUGCCAGAUGAAAUUCUUCAAGAGGCUGUACCAGGUACAAUCAGAAACGCUGAACAUUUCUUAAGUUUUAUGAAGAGAUUUUUAGAAUAUUUAAAAUCUAGAUUAAGAAUACAACAUGUAGUAUCUGAGUCUCCACCAUCCUUUCUGAAAGAUUGUGCUCAGAAAAUAUGUAUAGAUAGAAAACCAUUGAGAUUUUGUGCUGAGAGACUAGCAUCAUUAAUGAGAACAUUAGAACUAACAGAUAUGGAGAAUUUCUCAGCUUUAAUUUUGUUAUCAAACUUUGCUACACUUGUUAGUACUUAUGCUAAAGGUUUUGUGUUGAUAAUUGAACCAUUUGAUGAUAGAACACCAACUAUCUCCAAUCCUAUAUUAUAUUUUAGUUGUAUGGAUGCCUCUAUAGCUAUUAAACCAGUCUUUGAUAGAUUUCAAACUGUAGUUAUUACUUCUGGAACUUUGUCACCAUUAGAUAUGUACCCUAAGAUAUUAGAUUUCCGUCCUGUUACCAUGGCAACAUUUACCAUGACUCUAGCUAGAACUUGUAUCUGUCCUAUGAUUGUUAGUAAAGGAAAUGAUCAAGUCGCCAUGUCAUCAAAAUUUGAAACAAGAGAAGAUGUUGCUGUAAUCCGUAACUAUGGAAACCUAUUGGUAGAAAUGUGUGGUGCUGUACCUGAUGGAAUCGUGUCAUUUUUUACAAGUUAUAUUUAUAUGGAGAAUGUGGUUGGAGUUUGGUAUGAACAAGGUAUAAUUGACCAGAUCCAGAAACGUAAACUAUUAUUUAUAGAAACACCAGAUGCUGCAGAAACUUCUCUGGCUCUGCUCAAUUAUCAAAAGGCAUGUGAAAAUGGAAGAGGUGCUGUAUUAUUAUCAGUAGCAAGAGGAAAAGUUUCAGAAGGAAUAGAUUUUGAUCACCAUUAUGGAAGAGCUGUUAUUAUGUUUGGUAUUCCCUAUGUUUAUACACAGAGUAGAAUUCUGAAGGCUCGAUUAGAAUAUCUAAGAGAACAGUAUCAAAUUCGUGAGAAUGACUUUCUAACGUUUGAUGCUAUGAGACAUGCAGCUCAAUGUGUGGGGCGAGCUUUAAGAGGAAAAACAGACUAUGGUAUUAUGGUGUUUGCAGAUAAAAGAUUCGCAAGGGCAGAUAAACGUGGUAAACUACCAAGGUGGAUUCAGGAAUAUUUAACUGAUAAUUUAUGUAAUUUAUCAACUGAUGAGGGUCUUCUGGUGGCUAAAAAAUUCUUACGUCAAAUGGCUCAACCAUUUAGUAGGGAAGAUCAACUUGGUCUGUCACUAUUAACUUUAGAACAACUACAGGCAGAAGAUAUGCAGAAAAAACUGGAAUCUAAAAUGCAGUACUUGUGAGAUAACCAUGAUAAUCGGUCAUUGUGAAACACCUUAUGCUCCUCUGCAAUUGGGCUUGUCAUAUUUGCAUUUCUUUAUAAAAGUCCUAGGUUAUUUUGGGAGUAUUUUCAGUGGAUUAAUUUGUAAUAAACUCUGGUUAAUGUAAGACAAGAGGUGCUAGCAAAGCUUCAGUUGAAUAUAUUUCCAGGCUUUUCGAAGUCAGAAGUUUCUAUGUGAAUGGUCAGGCUUCUGUACCUAAAGUAUCUUUUGAUUCAGGACUUGACAGUAUAUUUUGAUAUCAUGGUUGAACCAUUUUAAAACAGAAUUAAUGUUGAUAAUGUACAUUAAAUAAGAUUUGAUGUGUCAAGGGAAAGAACUCUGUAUGUAGAAGAAUGAUCUCUAACCCUGGGAUUUUUGAUGAGACAGAUAUUGGUUGACUAUCCAUGUAGGAGUCAACAGAGAUAAUAAAACAUAUUUAU